AUGAAAAACAAAAUUUUAUUUUCAUUUUCAAAUCCAAUGAAUUCUAAUAGUAGUAAUAAUAUAGAGAAUAAUAAUAAUAGUAAUAAUAAUAAUAAUAAUUUUAAAAAUAAUUUUAAAAAUUUUUCAAGAAAAAGAACAAAUGAUAUUGAAAUUGAAGAUAAUAUAACAUUUUCAGAAUUAUUAUUACAAAAAGAAGUUUUAAAAGGAUUAGAAGAUGGUGGAUAUCAAAGACCAUCACCAAUUCAAUUGAAAGCAAUACCAUUGGGUAUUAGUGGUGUUGAUUUAAUAGCACAAGCUAAAUCCGGUACUGGUAAAACCAUAGUUUUCGGUGUAAUAGCAUUGGAAUGUGUUUUACGUGAAUCAAAAUUACUCAGACAAAAACAAGAAUUAAAUAAAACUCAAUUAACUAAUCAAACCAAUAAACAAUUAUUAGAGAUGGAUGAUGACACCUAUGUUGAAACUAUGGUUGGUAUUAUAAGAAAACCCCUAGUCUUAAUAAUUGCUCCAACUAGAGAAAUCGCUGUUCAAAUUAAAGAUGUAAUUAAAUCAAUUAGUAAAUAUUGUAAAAGAAUUAAAUGUGAAGUUUUUAUUGGUGGUUUAAAUAGCAACAACAACAAAGAUGAAAACAAUAAUAAUAUUUUAAAUAAUGAGGAUGUAAAUAGAUUAAAUGGUACCCAAAUUAUAGUUGGCACACCUGGUAAAAUUAAAUCUUUAAUUGAAAAUUUACAUUUACGUACUGAUACUUUAAAAAUGGUUAUAAUGGAUGAGGCUGAUAAAUUAUUAGAUGCAUCAUUUUCAAAAACUAUAAAUUGGAUUUAUAGUGCAAUUGGUAAUGGUAAUAGUAAUAAAAAUAAUAGUAGUAGUGGUAGUGGUAUUCAAAUGUUAGCAUUUUCAGCGACGUAUCCAAGUUAUUUAAUAAAUUUAUUAAAACUUUAUAUGAAUAAUGAGAAUUUAGUUGAGAUUAGGUUAUGUUCAGAUACACCAUCGUUGGAGGGUAUAAAACAGUAUUAUCAAAUCUUUAGAAACGAUUUCACAGAGAAUAAUUAUAAAACAUUUCAAAAUAAAUGCAAGAGUCUUGUAUUGGUACUUGAACAAGUUUCAUUCUAUCAAGCUAUAAUAUUUUGUAAUCAUAAAAUUAGAGGUGAAGAAUUAACAAGACAAUUGAAUAGAGAAGGUUGGCCAACUGCUUUCAUUGCUGGUGGCCAAAAUCAAAAAGAUCGUCUUUCGACUAUGAGUGCUUUAAAAUCUUUUAAUAUUAGAAUUUUGGUUUCAACAGAUUUAAUUUCACGUGGUAUUGAUGUUGAAAGAGUUAAUUUAGUAAUUAAUUUAGAUUUACCAAAAGAUCAUGAAACUUAUUUUCAUAGAAUUGGUAGAACUGGUAGAUUUGGUACAUAUGGUGUUUCAAUAACUUUUAUUAAUAUGAAAUCUAUUCAACAACAACAACAACAACAACAGCAACAACAACAACAAAUUGAAAAUGAAAAUGAAAAUGAAAAUAAUAAUAAUAAUGAAGGAUUUCAAGAAAUUGAUUUCAUUAAUCAAUUAAUUCAAGAAUAUUCUGUUGAUAUUACAGAAAGAGUUGAUAAUGAUAUUAUUCCUGAAGAAUUAUAUAGUUAUCAACUUUCAAAUCCAAAUGAUCAACAAUCAUUAGCAAAUUUAAAAUUAAAACAACAACAAACAAUUUUAUUAAAUAAACAAUUAGAAGAAUUAAAAAUAAAUGAAAAUGAAAAUGAAAAUCAAUAUCAAAAUGAAGAUGAAGAAGAAGAACAAGAAGAGGAUGAUUACCAUUAUGAAAAUCAACAUCAAAAUGAAGAUGAAGAAGAAGAACAAGAAGAGGAUGAUUACCAUUAUGAAAAUCAACAUCAAAAUGAAGAAGAAGAACAAGAACAACAAGAAGAGGAUGAUGAUAAUUAUAAUUAUGAAAAUGAUAAUGAUAGUGAAGAAUAUGAAUUUAUUGAUGAUAGUAUAAUUGAACAAACUGAAUAUUACUAUCUUAAUAGUAAUAAUAAUAAUAAUAAUAAUAAAAAUAAAUAUGGAAAUACAAUUAACAAUAACCAUUACCGCAAUAGUAGUUUUAAUGGUCCUAAAAAUAGCAUUAAUAAUAAUAAAUUUAAAAAUAAAAAUAUUAAUAAUAAUGAUCAAAGAAAUUCCCAAAGUAAUGGAAUAAAGAAAAAAGUAAAUACAAAUAAUAAUAAUUUUUAUCCUCACUAUUACAACAAUCCCUACCCUCAAAACUAUUAUUAUGAUUACCAAUAUUUCUCUGAUAAUAGUUACUAUAAUAAUAAUUAUAAUAAUAAUAAUAAUAAUAAUAAUAAUAAUAAUAAUAAUAAUAAUAAUAAUAAUAAUAAUAAUAAUAAUAAUAAUAAUAAUAAUAAUAAUAAUAAUAAUAAUAAUAAUAAUAAUAAUAAUAAUAAUAAUAAUUAUUACCAACAACAUGGUAAUAAUCCUUAUGGUUACAAUAUACCAAAUUCAAUUCAAUAUUCAUCCAAUCAAUUUUAUUAUUGUACAUGUCCAAAUUGCCCAACUAUGAAUUACCAUCAAUACAUAUAA